GUCUGGGCCGCGUACGAGGCGGCGCUCGAGAAGGACCCGCUGCUCAUCAAGGGCCUCACGUCCAUGAUCGGCUUCUUCCUCGGCGACGUCCUCGCCCAGUGCUUCAUCGAGAAGUCCGACAAGUACGACAUCUGGCGCACGAUCCGCUUCUCGUCGUUCGGUUUGCUCGUGCACGGCACGACGUCGCACUGGUUCUACGGCAAGCUCGACGGCAAGAUCCCCGGCACGGGCGCCGGCGCCGUCGCGUCCAAGGUCGGCAUCGACCAGGUCCUCUGGAACCCCAUCUUCGGAAUCAUGUUUUUCGGAUACAUGGGCAUCUUCGAGGGCAGCGGCGUCGGCGGCACGAUCACGAAGAUCAAGAACGACCUCCUCACGCAGGUCACGGGCUCCUGGACCGUCUGGCCCAUCGCCCACGCCAUCAACUUCAAGUUCAUCCCGAACUCGCAGCGCGUGCUCUACAUCAACACGAUCCAGAUCUUCUACAACUGCUUCCUCUCCAUCAUC